AUGUCACAUCCGCUCGUGGCAGCCGUUUGGGAGCAACUCGGGCGCCGUGAUCUAGCAAAUAUCCUACGUGAGAUUAUCGGGGAGCAUGCGGCGGAGAUCGCUGUUUCCCAGAUCCAGGAUGGCUCGCACGCCUCCAAGGUCGAGUCUUUGACGCGGUCGGUGUUUUGGAUCCGCGCCAUUUUCGAUCUACAGAGGACGUAUAUGCAGGGAUUGAGGAGCAUCCACGAUAACCAGUCGAACUUCCUGCAUUCCCUAUUACCGUCGGAUGUGAUCUUGUCGGCCGUGAUGUAUCUGGUGCAGGUCAAGACCAGUCUGUUUCCGUGUACCACGACCACCGCGUCCGACCUGCUGCGGUACCGACAUUUCUUGGCCCAUACGUUACUGGCGGGCAUUCGCUUGUUGCUGCUGCGCGGCGAGAACCUGUCGCCCGAUGCGAAAUUUAAUAUGGAGCGCGUGAUCCGCGCGGCGUGGCAGAACCCCGACUUGUCCAGCGUAGAAAGAUAUCUAGUCAGUGAUCUGUUGCCCAAGGCCAUCAACAGUAUUGGCUCGCCGGAGCUGUGCCGGAGUCAAUCGCCCGUGGCCAUGGGGAAGGCCGGCUCUCCGGCCUUUGUUUCGGGAAUGUACCCGUUUUCUGGAUCUUCGGAGCCAAAUAUCACGGAUCUUUUGACUGCGCUCCUCAAGAGCAAGUCCGAUCAGUUGAUUCCGUUUUGUCUCCUAUUUGAUAUGUUGUGGGCGGCGGAGUCGGCCCUUGUUCAGUGCCACAUUGAUCGUCGGCGUAUCUCGCAAGAAGAAGAGCACGCCAGUGAUGCGGCAUUCGAGGUCGACGAGGCUUUCGAUGAAGCGCGCGAGACGCGUAUGAAACUGGCCAAAACCAUCUUGGCUGCAUUUAACGAUGAAUUUACCACUCCGGCUCUACAGGUACUCGCGACCGUCAUAUUGAGCCAGGACGGGGAGGGCCAGCCACCCGUGCAAACGAGAAGAAUUCGAGACUCGUGGGCUCAGCUCUCUCGGCUGCGAGAGACAUGGGAGAACUCCCUCGGAUACCUGGUGCGGUGGUUGAUCAAUCGAAGAGUUCAACUGUGGGGCUGCAAUGGGGAGCUCGAAGCAAAUUCGCAUCAUUACCAGCAGAACCUGGCCAAUUGGUUGCAGCUGUCGCCUCUGCCAGAAGGCGGCGACACAUUCCAGGUGCCUGAAAGAUGGGCCGAUAUUAUAUAUGUCGUUAACUGUCCUGCAGUGCACCUCAUCCCCAGGGGACUGUUAGAGGAGCAGCUGAGGAAUUUUGACAAAAAUGCUCAUGAACAACUGAAAGGAAACCUACGGUUUUUGACCACCAAUAUAUCAUGUCCCCUGUGUCCUGGAAACACAAAAAUACAAUACGCACGGAUGAUUGAGCCUCUCGACCAAGUCACCACGCCGAUACUCCCUGAACCAGACAGCAAUAGACGCCUCUCCUUCUCCGGCUCAAUCUCCCGAAAUACAACAUCCUCAAGCUCUGUAAGCUAUUCAGCGAGCCAAUCAUCGGGCGAUGCAUUGCGAAGCCCCAUCACACCGGCAUCGUAUACACCGGGCCUCAAUGAGAUCGGCAGCAGCCAAUCCGCUUCCAUUUACUCAGAAGGGCCUGAUCCAUAUUUGAGUCGGGCGAAGGGCGAUCCGCUUCUCGAAAAGCAAAAAAUCAAGGUGAUUUCGAGGGAACUGAAGAGCGUGAAGCUACCCAUCGGUGGAGGCUCCAUAUUUAGACGGGGUUCGUCCCGAGAGGCCCAUCUGCCUCAACAGCCUCGAUUCUGCUUCUCGGCCUCCGGAGAAUCUCUCCUGCUCUGGGGAGCCGGUAGUAACUGGCUAGUGCGCUUCGAAACAUCCUCUGUCGAAGCGCAGAAACCAAUUGGCCAACGAUAUGACGUGUCUGGCGUUCAAUACGCCGCCGCAGGCGAUCAACGCUGCGCUGUUAUCGCCGCUGUCGGAGAGCACUACGAGCUUCUUAUCUUUAACAAGGCAACGCCCAUUCCGGAAGCAUUUGUGACAAUCGACACCCAGCUCUCUUUAUUACCACCGAUUUCUAUAGUGAUGUCUCGAGACGAUAGAUACGUCGCGUUCACCCUCAAUGACGAGGUCCGAGUAUAUGAGAUCGGUACCAAAUAUAUCAGAAAAGUCUCGAUAGACUUGAAUCUGAACCACCACAGAAUCUAUUCUGGGAACUCAGCGUCAGCGGAGGAUACGACAGAAAAGAACAACAAAGCAGCACUUGAGAGGAAAAUCCAAUUCUCCGUCGACGGGAGGAAUCUUGUUGUUGCGACGCAUUUGGGGGGCCAGGAUGCCUUCGUAGACGUUUGGAACUGCAGUACCGAGCAGUGGAACGUCGGUCCAGACUGUUCUAGGACAUUCAGUCUUCCACCGUGGACAACCAACGAUAAAGGCGCCACGUGUGUUUUCUAUGACAAUUUUCACCGUGCCGUCCUGUUAACCGCCUCGUCCAAGAAGGACUACCCCAUCCCAUCCCCUAUUGCCGAGGAAAGCAGUAUGAGUGAUCAAUCUGGCACGACGAUUAUCCACGCCGCGCAAUCACCAUCCGGGUCGCGCUUUGUCAUUGCCAAUGGGAACAACCAGAUCAGCCUGUGCAAUACUAGUGCCAGUGGAACACUAAGGCCUUCCCGGGCGAAGAAGGCCUCCAACAAGAUCAGCCCAUCGGUCUUUAAACCCGGGAAGCUGGCCCUCUCCUUCCCGCGCGAGAAUGAAAUACUUCUGUUUUGGAUCAAACAAGGACACCUAACACUCCGCGUGGUCCGACUCUACGACGGCAACGAGACCAUCAACGAAUAUGAUUUGCGGUCCGACUUUGACCGAUUAGUGAUCGAGCGCCUGCAAAUGGCCGGGUCUCCAGUACACCAUCGACGAUAUUCCUUGUUGUCGAAUCAGCCCAUCGCGGAAAUGGACGGUCGGGCGUUAUCUUCUCCCCGCAGGCCCGACAUUCCGGAACUACCGUCGACGUGA